ACAUGCAUACACUGCUGUAAUUUGACACAAUAUUUACAAGGAAGAAACCACAUUUACUAGUUGCAGUUUAAGUUCAAUUUUUUCAAAUUAUAUGUGGCUAAUAAAUGGCAUCAAAAGGUUUGAAAUGGAAAAAGAAAAAGAGGGUGAAAAAGACAAAAAAGGCAAUGCCCAAACAGAGGCUUUACUACAACCCUUCUAAGUUACAAUCUUGACCCUUGUUUGCUUAGACAUGUAACCCUGCAGCCAAACACUCUCUUUUAUCAACCCAUUGCAAAAACCCAAACCCGCCAAGAGGGCAAGAACUGAGAAAAUAAAAAAUAUGGGCUUUGUCCUUAGGGUUUUAUCAGUAGCUAAAAGGGGUUUAAGGCCUCAGUUUGUUCUAAUUCCUUGUAGAUCUCAACGCUUGUUUUGCGACAAGCCAUUGGUUUCAAAUCCUUUGCUCAUCAAAUUACUUCAGGAAUCCAUUUCUCGGAUCAAAACUGUACUCGAUUCAGAGGACAAUUUUACCUUCAAAAGUUCAGAUUUCUCCUGGGAUAUUCUCCUCACUACUCUCAAAUCUUCAUCUCCUGCGAAAGCUCACCUGGUCUUGGAAUGGAGAUUAGAGAAAAUGGUGAGAGACAAUGAGAGGGACCUUGUGCCUUAUUUGGAGUUGAUAUUUCUAUGCAGCAAGGUCCAAAAUGUCCCAUUUGCAAUGCAAGUCUUUAAUUCAAUGGAGGCUCAUGGAAUCAAGUUGACUUCUUCUGUUUUUAAUGCACUGAUAUACACUUGCCUGUCUUCAGGUAAUGUAAUGACAGCCCUUAGCUUAUUUGAGAUAAUGCAGAGCUCAGAGAACUGUAAACCCAAUUCUGAAACCUAUAAUACUUUCAUAUCUGUGUACUCAAACUUGGGAAACGAUAAGGCCAUGCAGGCAUCGUACUUGGCCAAAAAGGGUGCUGGGUUCUCUGCAGAUCUUCGAACUUAUGAAUCUCUCAUUUCGGGUUGUGUUAGAUCAAGAAAUUUUGAUUGUGCUGAUAGAUUUUAUGAAGAAAUGAUGUUAUCAGGGAUCAUGCCUAAUGGGCAGAUAUUGGAGAAUAUACUCAGGGGCCUUUGUGAGCAGAGAAGCAUUAGUAAAGUUGAACAGCUCUUAAAGUUUAUGAUGGAUGGUGAGUGGGAGAUUAAUGUGCCAAUGGCAGAGAAGCUCAUGGGGUUGUAUUUUGAACAUGGGACAGUGGAAAAGAUGGAGGAGCUGCUUCUAAAUUUAAUGAACUCGAAUCAAAGUUUUGAAGUCUUGCAGCAGGUGCAUUGCGGAAUUAUCAGGAUGCAUGCCAUGUUAGAUAGAUUGGAUGAUAUGGAAUACUCUGUUGGGAGGAUGUUAAAGCAAGGGAUGUCAUUCAGAUGCCCAGAUGACAUCGAGAAAGUGGUUUGUGCGUACUUCAGGCAGGAAGCUUAUGAUAGACUGGACUUGUUUUUGGGACAUAUAAAGGGUUCUUACAAGUUAACAAAAUCAACUUAUGACUUGUUGGUUGCUGGCUAUCGAAGAGCUGGAUUAUCUGAGAAACUGGAUUUGGUGAUGGAUGGUAUGAAGUUAGCUGGAUUUUUCUAACAACAUGAAUAGUGGUGCAAGCAAAUUGUCAUCUGUUAUGUACUUGUCCCAUUUAAGCACCAAGUUGGUUGGAUGCAAAUGGGUGUUCCUACCGAGUGAUCUGACUUAAAAGGGUUCAACCAAAACCAAGGCUAACAAGGGGAUGCAAGAAAUGUUCAAGGUUAGAAUGCUUCUUGUAUAUUUGAGCUCCGAGAACACAGUUGGGAACCUCCUCAAGAAGAACGAGCCAGUGAUGACAAUAGAAGGGAAAUAAUUGUAGACAUACUAAAAUGUUCAAGGGUCCUCUCUAAACUUUUCAAUGAGAGGUCAUGGAGACAUUAGGCAAAGCCCAAUAAAAAGCAAGGAAGGAGUCCCUUUGUACACAGCUAAGAGUUUGAAGCUGUGGAGGGUCAGUAGACAUUUUAUGAGGAGAUGAAUGAACAAAGGCAUACCAUGCCACGACAUUUCUACUAUAAGUGGCCUGAAAAAGGUAAGAUUGUCUCCGAUUGGGAUAAUACAUAUUCCAUUGUGAGGUGAAUUGGGGAGCCAUUUGUAGAUUUACCAGUAUGAACAAGUAGACAAUAACCAUUUGCACUAUCUGGAUGAAGUCUAAAUUCUAUGGGAUUAAUCAUGUUUUCUUGCACUAGAAAGGAUGCAUAAGACCUUUGCUAAUUUCCGAGGCAUAUAGCUGAUACUGCAGAAGUCUUCUGUUCCUCUUCAGAUGUAGUUUUAGGCUAAUUUUUCCGGAACUAUUUGUUCACCUUGGGAUGUAAAUUUAGGUAGUUUUGCAGAAACCAUUCAUUCAACAAACACUCGGUGCUUCAUCAUCAUAUUGUUGCACUAUCCUCUGUUCAUUUGUUAGGAUUUCCACCAUAUCCAGUUCUCCUAUAGAAUUGAAUGAAUUUAUAAUUCCAUUCUUUUACUCUCGA